AUGGUGCCAGAAAUGACCUAGGAGGAUUCACGCUGUUCUGCCAGUGAAGCAAUGGAACUGCAUAGUGAGACAUUAGUAGUAUGUGAAGUUGAUGGAGAUCUGGUGAAGAAGCUGAGGGAUUUCCGUUUCAGAAAGGAAACCACUAACGCCGCCAUUAUUAUGAAGAUUGAUAAGGAUCGGCAGUUGGUGGUGUUAGAUGAGGAAUAUGAGGAUGUUUCUCCAGAUGAACUGAAGGAUGAACUUCCAGAGCGGCAGCCAAGAUUUGUAGUGUACAGUUACAAAUACCAGCAUGAUGAUGGGAGAGUAUCGUACCCUCUCUGCUUUAUCUUCUCCAGUCCAGUCGGAUGUAAACCGGAGCAACAGAUGAUGUAUGCUGGGAGCAAAAACAAACUGGUACAGACUGUGGAACUGACCAAGGUGUUUGAGAUCAGAAAUACGGAGGAUCUGACUGAGGACUGGCUGAGAGAGAAACUGGGAUUCUUCCGUUAAUAUGGGUGCAACAACAAUUGUUGUAUGUUCUUCAAGAAAACUUAAUCAUUCUUCAUAUAACACAAGUGUGUUUGUAUUCAAUGUCAGUAAACUGUAUUUUACCACAGCA